AUGCUCGAACGUCAACUCGUCGGACAACUUGAUGGUCUCGAUGGACCAACAACAAAGGUUCAAAGGACGCCAGAAUCAACACCCCCAUUUGAAGAAAUUAUAACAGGAGGCCGGGAUGGAGGCACCACACUUUUAGAAUACGACUCCGGCAAUAUAGGCCCUCUCUUUGCUGGGUCAGAUGGGAAAUCACCGGAUCUGACAGACUUGUCUGACUUUCAAGACUUCCCUGAUCUGUCACCUCACUUGUCUAGUAUGGAUCUCACCAACGUGGACUCUAUGCCUGCUGCCUAUACGGACUGGCAUGCGGCUGGUGGUAUCAUCAUGUCCAACCUGGGUACGACAACCCCAGUGAAACAGUACGAACCUAUUCCAACUCUGGUUUCCGAUAAUCUGCGUAUCCCAGCGUUGGUACGGGAGGAUCUGGACCAAUUAUUCUUCGAACGCGUUCACCCCAUUUCCCCCAUUGUGCACAAGCAACAAUAUUUCGAAUGGGCCUUGGAUCAAAAUUACUGUCCCACGCCUGCACAGGCAUGUCUUCAGCGGGCAAUGCACACCGCAGCAGCAGCCGCAUCUUCUCAGUUUCGAGAGAUCGAAGAUACCCUUUAUACAGAGACAAGAGGAAUGCUUGGAGCACUAGAUAUCAGGCCCAUGAGUAGCGGUAGGAAGUAUCGCCCUCGUUCAACGAGCACCGAUAUGCCCCUGGAGCAGAUCCAGUCAUGGCUACUGGUUGCGCAAUAUGAAUUCCUCCGCAAGGAUGAGCACCAAGCGAUGAUUACCGCUGGCAGAGCAUUCCGUCUUGUUCAGCUCGCGAGGUUAUUUGAUAUUGAUUCUGCGUGUUCGUCAUCAGCCGCAAUGGAAUUUGCUAUAGAGGGUGUUGAGGGCAUCAAUUAUGGGCAUAACCCUAUACAGCUUCAUUUACGGAACGAGUUAUUCUCUAGAACAGAGGAAAAAAGGAGAGUUUUUUGGAUGGCAUAUUGCUUGGAUCGAUUUUUGAACUGGCGCAACGAGUGGCCGCUUACUCUGGAUGAAGAUACUAUACGAACCCGGCUCCCAGCACCCGAGGCCAAUUUCCAAAGCAAUCAACCCAUUGAAACGGACUUUUUGCCUGAGGUUUUGGAUGGAAAUGGACGGGCACCAGUAGCCACCCCAUUUGCGGAAUGCAUCCUCCUCGCGACAUUGUGCGGCCGAUGUAUGUCCCACCGGCGCAUGGCAUCAGCAGUGACCCUAUCAAAGGGAGGAUCUGAGACACGCGAGUUCUGGUCCCGGCAUGACGCCUUGGCUGCAGCGGUGGAGAAGCGUCGUCAGUCCAUUGCACAAAGCUUCCACGGAUCUAAUCGCAGUGGCAAAUGGAAUAGCCCCUCAGUUCCUGCGCCGACAUCGAACCUCGACCUCGAUCCUUUGCUUACCUUUACCUACGUGCUCGCGCAGGGUGCCAUCAUAUACCUAAGUACGACAACCGAGAACGCCAAUUGGCAGUCAGCCGAACAUCAAGUCAGAGCAUCGACCUACCAGCAGCGCGCGUUCCGGGCUGCUGUGGAGCUGAUCCGUCUGGCCCGAGUCAUCCCAAGGAUCGGGCGCUUCAAGGUAAGGCUGAGAGUAAUCAAAGCCCCUGUCAAUUGCUUGGAAACUUGCUCAUCUAUUCCCAAGGUUCACCCCUUUGUUCCAAGCGCACUCUCACAAGCCGUGGAAUUUCUUACUUCUCACGCCAAUUCACCCCACAUGGCCAGCAUGGAUGGGGAGGAGGCAGGUUGCGGCCUAGGCGCUUUGUUCAAUGCGCUGGACAACUUGAAAGAUAUCAACAAUCUUGCCCGGGAGCUCCUCGAUGAGCUUCAGCAAGAAGGCCUUGGUCCAGGCCACAAGAGAACAAAUUGUACGUAUUAG